AUGGCAUCUGGUAAUUCAACAUCUUCUUUUCCAAAUACUGUUUUUAUUAAUGAUUCAUCACCACCAGCUACGAUAACAUUCGAUAAUCAACAAUUAAAGUCAAAAUUAAAAUUUGCAAUUUUGGAUGAUAUCGAUCGAAAAAAAGGAUGUGAAGUGAAAGAAGCAGCUGAUGAAAUUAAAAAGUUAUUGAGCAAACGAAUUGAUCGAUACACUGUUGCUGCCCAUGGCAUUACAAAAACACAUCCGGCUGCUUGGUGGUUAACAUUUGGUUUUGCAAAAGAAAUUGUAUCCGGUGAGUCUUACUCAAUCUCUAACUUCGUUUCUUGUCAGAAUUGUUUUAAUACGUAUCGAUAUGGUGUAUCAUCAACUGAAUCCAUUACACGUCAUCGAUGCGAUACAGCAACAUCGUCAUCUGCAUCUACUUCAAAUAAUAAUCAAUCUACAUUAAAUGUCCAUUUUAAUAAAAAUAAAAAACAAUUUCGUGUUUCUGAACAACAAAAUCUUACUAAAUCAUUUUCAUUCUGGAUUUUUGAUAGUUUUCGUCCAAUGUCAAUUAUAGAUGAUCCUAGUCUUCGUGAAAUUUGUACUCACUUUUAUAAUUUAGGAGCAAAAAAUGCUAAUCGUAAUAUGGAUAUAGAAACUUUAUUUCAAUCAAGACAAACAAUUUCUCGAUCUAUCAUUGAUCAAGCUCAUCAUUAUCGUGUAGAAUUAACAGAGCUAAUUAAAGAAUCAAUUCAAAAUAAAUCAUUAACCAUAUCACCAGAUAUGUGGUCAGACCGCUAUCGUCAAAUAUCUUACUUAGAUAUUAAAAGAAGAGAUGAAUCGAUUUGGAAUUGA